GCAGGAACUUCCUACUGAAACAGGUCUCGCCGACAACUCAAAGCAAGCAACCAUGGUGAAGCGUGUGGCAGUGCUGCUCUCUGGAUGCGGGGUGUAUGAUGGCUCGGAGGUGCACGAGGCCUCCGCAGUUCUGGUGCACCUGAGUCGGGCUGGGGCAAAGGUCCAGAUGUUUGCUCCGAAUGUUGACCAGAUGCAUGUGGUGAACCACAUUGAGGGAAAACCCACAGAGGAGAAGCGAAACGUGCUGCAGGAGAGCGCCCGCAUCGCCCGUGGGGACAUCAGCGACUUAAAGAGUCUGGACAUUUCAGCACACGAUGCUCUCAUCUUGCCUGGUGGUUUCGGAGUGGCCAAGAACUUGAGUACCUGGGCCACCGAUGGAAAGAACUGCACAGUGCAGCCUGAGGUGGAGAAGGCCAUUAAGAGCUUCCACAAGGCGGGCAAACCCCUGGGACUCUGCUGCAUCUCCCCAGUGCUGGCGGCUAAGCUGCUCCCGGGCUGUGAGGUCACUGUGGGCCACGACAGUGAAUGUGAGAAAUACCCGUACGCUCAGACAGCCUGUGCUGUGAAGGAGUUGGGCUGCAAGCAUGUGAACAAGAACGUCGGGGAGGUGCACAUCGAUGCCAAGAACAAGCUGGUGACAUGCAGCGCCUUCAUGUGUAAUGCUCCGCUGCAUGAGAUAUUCGAUGAAGUGGGCAUCAUGGUAGGAGAGGUGCUCAAAUUGGCUUAAAUGAAAGGAGGAUUGGGUGACGAUAAAAGGGCACGAUUUAUUUAUCGGUACAUCAACCUUCUAUUUAAUUUCAAAAUUUUUCAGGAUUAGAACCAGACCAUGGUUUCCAUCUUGGCUUGAAUGCGUUUUGUUUUGGUGUAGUCCUAACUGGUGCUAAGUAGUGCAGAAUGUCAAAGGCAACUUCAGUAAAACUUAGUGACAAUUCCAAAUGAAAUAAAAAUGGGAACAAAAGAAGUCAAAGAAACUAUUAUUCUAUGCUUUAGUGUGAUAAAACAAAAGGGAUAAUUUUCCUAAAUAUUAGUUGAUGCGAGCUUUGUUACCUGCGCUAUUUGUACAACAGAACAUUAAAUUUGACCAAAAUCACAGCUUUUGGAGUGAAAACUUUUAUUUUUGUGAAAAUGCUGCCUUUGCCCA